AAAUAAUAAAGGCUGAGUUGGGAAUAUGGCGCCCGCAAGACACUAACCUUGAAAACGCCAAUGUACAGGGUCAGGAAGUGACCUAAAGCCUGACGGUGUGGAGGAAGAAACGGCGCGGACGCCCGCGAAGCGUGGGAGAAGAUUUUCAUACCUGGAACUAUAGAGACUCCAGAGAGAGUCUGAAAUCUUAUUACAUAGACCCCAGAAGAAAUAGAGAUCCACCACCACAUAAAAUCGAGAGUGCAAAAGAAAGCCUUAGAGACUGAAGGAAUAAAACAGAGGGGAAAAAAAAUAAAAUAAAAAUAAAAUAAAAAAUGGCCUACAGAUUGCGAAGUGAGAAAGACACAAAGGACUCAAGAACCACGCAGAAAAGAGCCUCAAUCUCGGAAGAAGUUCAGGUUAAGGACAUGACGGAAAUGAUCCUCAAAGAACUUUACAGAAUGCAAGAGAAGCAAGAUGCGUAUCAAAAACUGGCACAGGAGCAAAUGGCAGAGUUUAAAAAAGAAAUUAAAAAUGAAUUGAAGGGAAUGAAGCAUGAUAUAGGAACUUUAAGUCAAGAGCUAAAAGAAUUAAAAAAUGACAAGGUGGAAUUAAGAAACCUCCACGGGAAACUACAAAGAGAAGUUCAAAUCUUAGAACAGAAAUCCAACAAAUUAGAAGCCAAACAAGAAGUAUUAGAAGCAAAAGAACUUGAAUACCAACUCAGACUUCGUAACGUGUGGGAAGAACCAAGAGAAAACAUAAGGAUGGUGGUGAUAGAAAUUCUAGCAAAUCUACUCCAAAGCUCAAAGGAGGACAUAGAAGGUAGAUUAGAUCGAGUAUAUAGAAUUAAUACUAACUACGCCAAAAGAAACAAAACAGCAAGGGAUGUAAUAGUAAACUUUACGAAGAAAAUUUACAGGGAUGAGAUGCUAAAACUGAAUAGUGAAAACUCCAUCACAUACAAGGAGAAAAAAGUGAUAAUACUGAAAGAAAUCCCAAUGGAUACAAUAAACAAGAGAAGAAAAUAUCUUUUCCUGGCAGAUGAACUGAAGAGACAUAACUUAAGGUUCCGCUGGGAGAAAGAAGGACUAAUGACGACAUAUAGAGGAGAGAAACACUGGAUAACAUCAGAAGGAAAGGCACAAAAUUUCUACAGAAAGAUUAAAAAGGAGAUGGAAGAAGAAGAGGAAUUCGAUAACACGGACAGAACAACGGGAAAAAAACCCAGACAGAAACAACAGGUAUUACCCCAGGGAAGAAAGAAAGCAGACAGAGACCAACAGGCAAGAGAAGAGCACUCAAUAGAGGACAACAAAACAGAAGAGGAAGGCGAGUCGGAAGGAGAGGUGGAAGAGAGUUCGUUAAAUCAUUCAGAGGAAGAAGGGAGGGAUCCCAAGGAUAGAGAAGAAGACCAGACAUGAGUAGAAAACUAAAAAUAUAUAGCAACAAUGUUAACGGAAUAAAUGAACCCCGGAAAAGGAAUAAAAUACUUACUAAAUUUAAAAAAUUGGAAUAUGAUAUAAUCUCGCUACAAGAAGUUCAUAUUAAACAAGGUCAUGCUAAAUUAUUAACACAACCAAAAUUAGGCCAAGAAUUCCACUCGUUAGAUUCUCAAAAAAAAAGAGGAGUAGUAACUUAUAUAAGCCCUAACAUUUCAGCAGAGCUAAGCUUUAAAGAUAAUGAAGGUAGAAUAUUAGGGGUAAUGAUAAAGCUAGAAAACUUAAAAAUUCUGAUUUGCAACAUCUACGCACCAAAUGACUCGAAAUCAAAAUUUGUGAAAAAAACUCAAAGAAUUUUGGAGGGAAAAGGAAUUUGAUGGGAUUAUUCUGAUGGGCGACUUCAAUGGGGUUCUAAAUAAUGAAAUAGAUAAAAACCCAGGCAAAAUCAGAGGGAACAGGAAAAAUAAAGAAACAAUCUCUAGAGAAUUCAAAACAUUAAAAGAGGAAUACAAUUUGAUAGACGUAUGGAGAUCACAACAUGAAAAUGAUAGAGAUUUUACCUUCUUUUCUGCCAGACACAAAAGCUGGUCCCGCAUAGACAUGAUCUGGAUAUCUAGAUCGCUAAGUACUAAAGUCACAAAGUCAAAGAUCCUACCAAUGUUAGAUUCAGAUCAUUGCCCAACUGAGAUAAUAUUAAAUCAAAAAAGAGGUAGAUGGAGAUGGAGGUUAGAUGAAAAUUUACUAAAAAGAGAAGAGGAUAUAGAAAAAAAUAGGAAACUAAUAGAUGAAUUUUUUAUGAUCAAUAAUAGCCAAGAAAUUUCACCCACAAUAGUAUGGGAAGCAAGUAAAGCUACUAUGAGGGGCUAUUUUUUACAACAAAGCAUUCAAAAAAAGAGGAAAAGCUCGGAACAAAUAAAACAGGCAAUUGAAAAAAUAAUAGAAACAGAAAACAAGCUAAAAAAGAAUCCCAAGAAUAAUAAACUUUUGCAGGAAUUGAUAAUGAGACAAAGAAACAGAGAACACUUGGAACUAGAACAGAGGGCGAAACAAUUAAAGUAUAUAAAACAAAACCACUUCGAGAAUGCGAAUAAACCGGGACGCUGGUUAUCAAGGAGGUUAAGGAGAAAAAGAGAAGCAACUUUUAUAAACAGAAUAAAAAUUGGGGAGAAAUAUUUCUAUACGGACAAAGAUAUAUUGGAUCAGUUUCACAAAUUCUAUAGCAAAUUAUAUGAGAGGGACAACAUAGAUGAAGAAAAGAUUACAAGGUACUUAGGAAAAAUGAAAUUAGAAAGACUAACAACAGAGGAAAGAGAACUCCUAAAUAAGGAAAUUUCAAUAAAAGAAAUAGAAGAAGCAAUCAGAAAAAUAGACGGAUCAAAAGCCCCAGGACCGGACGGCCUAACCGCAAUAUAUUAUAAGACUUUUAAAAAAGAAUUAGCCCCACAACUCCAAAAGAUCAUGAAUAUAAUCAGAAACCAAAAGAAAAUGCCAGAUACAUGGAAAGAAGCCACAAUCACGGUAAUACACAAAGAAAAUAAUGAUCCAGAAGAAGUCAAAAAUUAUAGGCCCAUCUCGUUAUUAAAUAUUGAUUAUAAAAUUUUUUCAAAUAUUAUAGCAG